UAUUCUUCUUUGGUGCAAGGAGCUUGACAUCAACACCCUCAAAACCCCGACGACUUCGAAUUCCUCCGCCUCCGGCCGAAUUACCUACGCGCCCUCCCCGAGACCGAUAUCCCUCGAUCACAAAGAAUAACGCACUUUAUACCGACACAAUGAUUGCGCAAAGGGUGGGCGUGUCGGCCAUGCGCCGAGCGGCAACGAAGCCCUCUGUCUUCUUCAACCAGCAGAUUCCCAAGAUUGUUGCUUCACAAAGCAUGUCGACGAGCCAGUCUCGCCCCGUCGCAACCACCAAGCUCACCCCCCAAGAUGGCCUCGAGCUCCUCGCAAAGCAGCGCCUUAGCCGCCCCAUCUCCCCGCACCUGACAAUCUACAAGAUGGAGCAGACCUGGUUCGGCGCCUCCAUCUGGACCCGUAUCACCGGCGGCGGUCUCUCGGCCGCCUUCUACGUCUACUUUGGCACCUACCUCGUCGCGCCCCUUCUCGGAUGGCACGUCGAGAGCCAGUCCCUCAUUGCCGCUUUCGGUGCCCUCCCGCUCGCUGCGAAGGGUGGCCUCAAGUUCCUUGUCGCCUGGCCUUUCACCUUCCACUUCUUCAACGGUAUCCGCCACUUGACCUACGAUUUCGCCCUCGGCUUCGCCAAGCCUGAGAUUGUCAAGUGGGGCUGGGUCAUUUGGUCCAGCUCGCUUGUCGCGGCUGUUGGCCUCGCCUUUGCGUGGUAAACGAAGAGGGCAAGUUAGAGGAUGCUUAGGGGUCGGUGGAUGUGAUGGACGUGGUAAUCGGGUAGGGGACGACGGUCACUGGGACGUCGUCACGGGGACAGAAGGGGCCAGAGGAAGAUGAGAGUGAUGGGAGAUUUGGGGGUUAACCUGGAGUUUUAUUGGUUGGCGCCUGGAAAUUGCAGGGCGUACGGCCUCCUUCUGCUUAAGGCGAGAGGUAUUGUAUAGACUGAAAGCUGUAAAACGAAUUCCCUUGAGUAACAAGCAUGUUAAUCAAUUGUUCCAACCACUUGAUGGAGUCUUAAUUUCG